AUGUCAAUGGGAAAGAAAAGCCGUGGUCGCCAAAAGAUUGAGAUGAAAAAGAUGAGCAAUGAGAGUAACCUGCAAGUGACUUUUUCGAAGCGUCGCAGUGGACUCUUCAAAAAAGCUGGUGAACUUUGCACACUUUGUGAUGCGAAUGUUGCUCUUGUUAUAUUCUCACCUGGUGAGAAGGUGUUUUCCUUUGGUCACCCACAUGUUGAUACGGUCAUAGAUCGUUAUCUGUCACAGAUUUUACCUCAAAACAAUGGCACAGUGCAAUUCAUUGAGACUCAUCGUGGUGCUAUUUUGCGUGAGCUCAGUAUUCAGCUAACUCAAAUCAACAAUAUGUUGGAUAUUGAGAAAAAAUUUGGUGAUGAGCUGAACCAAUUGCGCAAGGCAUCUGAAACUAAGUUUUGCUGGGUUUGUUCCAUUGAAAGUAUGAAUAAGGUUCAACUUGAAUUAUUCAAAAAGGUUUUGGAGGAAGUUAAGAAUCUUGUUGCACAACAUGCUAGGUUUGUUAUUCAGGGUGCACCUGUCCAAACAAUUCAACCACAACUUUUUCAAAAUCCUAUGAUGCAGCCUCAUUUGUUUGAUUUCAACAAUAUGGGUGGAAGUGGCGGAUAUGGACCCUCUAGAUUCAUUUGA